AUGACAAAUCACAGCCGUUUUUUUCACGUUCUUAAACGCUUCACACCAGAUCGUGCUUACAGAUCCGGCUUUCACUUUUGCACCUUUGCAGACUUCCCAGCCAGGUCGUCUAGUUUGCCAAUGGUGCUUGAACUUCUCCCACUCUGGCUGCUGCUCAUACGUACUAUCUCCGCAGUUCCUAGCAUUCGUGGAAAAUGUUCACUUGAGUGUUAUUCCAGAUGCAUGCAAUCAGGAACAGUGAGUGGAAUCUUGUCAGAGAAUUUGUCAUUAAGUUAUUGUUUCACUAAAUUACUGAAGCUUCACCGGCCUACUUUCAUUUCGGGAUCUACUGUCGAUCCGACAAGUUUCAAGUCAAGCCAAUUAAAGCACAAUUUAUUGUCACUCAAAAGCUUCAGCUGGAUAUAA